GUCGUUUUCUCUCACAAAUACUAGAACACGGUUGCACUCCUCACCUCCUCGCCUCCUCGCCUCCUGUGCCCCACUCCUCUUACACUCACUCUUUCUAUUCCCUUCCCUCAAUCCACUUCUACUUUAAUACCCUCCCGAAACCGCCUGAGUCUGUUUCUUGUAGAUUUAACCUUUUGCGAUAUAUUUCGUCGAGUCCGGCAGGGAACGCUAUCUCCCGAACUGCUCGACGAAACACAUCUUUUCUCGCCGGUUCUCCUCUCUAAUACACCACUGGCGACGACUCUUCUCCCGCUCGUCUGCAACGAGCAGCAAUUUCCUGCACAAUGGCCGAAAUCAAUGGCAAUGGGAACGGCACCAAGGCCAAUGUCACCGUGCCCAUCAUGAACGGCACAACCUCCUACGCAGCAAAGCACAAGCUGGCAGACCACUUUAUCGGCGGCAACAAGCUUGAGAAUGCUCCUCCCAGUCGAGUCAAGGACUUCGUGGCCGCCCACGAUGGCCACACCGUCAUCACAAACGUCCUGAUUGCCAAUAACGGUAUUGCGGCAGUCAAGGAGAUCCGAUCGGUGCGAAAAUGGGCCUACGAGACUUUCGGCGACGAGAGGGCUAUACAAUUCACCGUCAUGGCUACUCCUGAAGAUUUGCAGGCAAAUGCAGAUUAUAUCCGGAUGGCAGACCAAUACGUCGAAGUCCCGGGCGGAACGAACAACAACAAUUACGCAAAUGUGGAAUUAAUCGUUGAUAUUGCUGAGCGUAUGGGCGUACACGCUGUCUGGGCUGGAUGGGGCCAUGCUUCAGAAAACCCGAAACUGCCAGAAUCGCUGGCCAUGUCGCCGAAGAAGAUUGUUUUUAUUGGCCCGCCGGGCUCUGCGAUGCGAUCGCUCGGUGACAAAAUUUCUUCGACGAUCGUUGCACAACAUGCCAAGGUCCCUUGUAUACCAUGGUCGGGAACUGGCGUGGAGCAGGUGGACGUCAACGAGGAAGGGAUUGUCACAGUCGAGGAUUCGGUCUAUAUGAAAGGCUGUGUUCAAUCAUGGCAAGAAGGUCUCGAGAAGGCCAAGGAAAUUGGUUUCCCGGUCAUGAUCAAGGCUUCAGAAGGUGGUGGUGGAAAGGGUAUCCGAAAAGCUGAUUCCGAGAAUGGGUUCGAGGCCCUUUAUAAAGCUGCCGCCAGCGAAAUUCCAGGAUCUCCCAUCUUCAUUAUGAAGCUUGCAGGAAAUGCGAGACAUUUGGAGGUUCAAUUACUUGCUGAUGAGUACGGGAACAAUAUUUCGCUCUUUGGCAGAGAUUGUUCCGUUCAGCGACGACAUCAAAAAAUCAUCGAAGAAGCUCCGGUCACCAUUGCGAGACAAGAGACUUUCCAGGCUAUGGAGAAGGCAGCUGUUCGUCUGGGUCGUCUCGUGGGUUACGUUUCUGCUGGUACUGUCGAAUACCUCUAUUCGCAUGCGGACGACAAGUUCUACUUUUUAGAACUCAACCCUAGACUGCAAGUCGAGCAUCCUACGACUGAGAUGGUCAGUGGUGUAAAUUUGCCUGCUGCGCAACUCCAAAUUGCGAUGGGCCUCCCUCUGCACCGAAUCCGCGACAUCAGAUUACUUUAUGGAGCUGACCCUUCGACCUCAACCGAAAUCGACUUCGAUUUCUCCAAGGAGAAUAGCUCCCAGACUCAACGGAGACCGCAGCCCAAGGGCCACACAACUGCUUGCCGUAUCACAUCCGAAGAUCCUGGGGAGGGGUUCAAGCCUUCCAGCGGUACGAUGCACGAGCUGAACUUCAGGAGUAGCUCCAAUGUGUGGGGUUACUUCUCUGUUGGAACAGCUGGUGGUAUCCACAGCUUCUCAGACAGUCAAUUCGGUCACAUUUUCGCCUAUGGUGAAAAUCGACAAGCAUCGCGGAAGCAUAUGGUUGUGGCUUUGAAGGAAUUGAGCAUUCGUGGUGAUUUCCGAACCACUGUUGAGUAUUUGAUCAAGCUUCUGGAGACGCCAGCUUUCGAGGGCAAUACCAUCACCACUGGCUGGCUCGACGAGCUUAUUUCGAAUAAGUUGACUGCUGAGCGCCCAGAUCCUAUGCUGGCCGUUGUCUGUGGCGCUGUCUGUAAAGCCCACAUUGCUAGCGAAAGCUGCAUUGCGGAGUACCGAACAAGCUUGGAAAAAGGACAAGUGCCUGCGAAAGAUAUUCUGAAGACCGUCUUCCCUAUCGAUUUCAUCUACGACGGUCACAGAUACAAAUUCACGGCUACUCGAUCAAGCCUGGACAGCUACCACUUAUUCAUCAACGGCUCCAAGUGCGCAGUGGGUGUCCGAGCUCUCAGCGAUGGAGGUCUCCUUGUUCUUAUCAGCGGGCGAAGUCACAACGUUUACUGGAAGGAAGAGGUUGGCGCCACUCGCCUGAGUGUUGAUAGCAAAACUUGCUUGCUCGAACAAGAGAACGACCCAACACAACUCCGAACUCCCUCUCCAGGAAAGCUUGUCAAGUUCACGGUCGACAAUGGACAACAUAUCAAGGCCGGAGAAGCAUUCGCUGAAGUAGAGGUCAUGAAGAUGUACAUGCCUCUCGUUGCGCAGGAAGAUGGUAUUGUGCAGUUUAUCAAGCAGCCAGGAGCCACCCUCGAGGCCGGUGAUAUUCUGGGUAUACUUGCUCUUGAUGAUCCGUCGAGGGUUAAGUCCGCGCAACCCUUCCUUGGUCAUAUUCCAGAUCUUGGACCACCUCAAGUUGUUGGCACGAAACCCGCUCAACGAUUCAUCCUUCUUCACAGCAUCCUGAAGAAUAUCCUUGAUGGCUUCGAUAAUCAAGUCAUUAUGGCCGGAACCCUUAAGGAUUUGAUCGAUGUCCUCCGCGACCCGGAUCUGCCUUACAGCGAGUGGAACGCUCAGUUCUCUGCCCUCCACGCCAGAAUGCCCCAACGCCUUGAUGCUACCUUCACCCAGAUUGUGGACCGUGCCAAGACACGAAACGGCGAAUUCCCGGCAAAGAACCUUUCCAAGGCGCUUAGCAAAUUCCUCGAUGAGAGCGUUGCCCCUAGCGAUGUGGACCUUCUGAAAACUACCCUCUUGCCUCUGACCGAAGUCCUUGAUAGAUAUGCUGAAGGCCAAAAAGUUCACGAGUUCGACAUCUUCUCUGGACUCCUAGAACAAUAUGCCUCUGUCGAACGGCUCUUCUCUGGUCGCUCUUCUCGUGACGAGGAGGUGAUUCUAAAGCUCAGAGAAGAGAACAAGGAUGAUAUCCUAAAGGUCGUCCAGACAGUGCUUUCCCAUAGCAGAGUCGGAGCCAAGAACAACUUGAUUCUGGCUAUCCUUGAUGAGUAUAAACCCAACAAGCCGAGUGCUGGCAACGUCGCGAAAUACUUCCGACCAGCUUUGCGAAAACUCACGGAGUUGGAAUCUCGACAAACCGCAAAGGUGGCAUUGAAGGCUCGAGAAUUGCUCAUCCAGUGCGCCAUGCCUUCAUUGGAGGAGCGUGCUGCUCAAAUGGAGCACAUUCUCCGGUCUUCAGUCGUUGAAUCGAGAUAUGGUGAAACAGGCUGGGAGCACCGAGAACCCAAUCUGGACGUGCUCAAGGAGGUCGUCGACUCGAAGUAUACUGUCUUCGAUGUUUUGCCUAUUUUCUUCGGCUACCAAGAUCCUUGGGUAUCACUCGCUGCUCUGGAGGUUUACAUUCGAAGAGCUUAUCGUGCAUACUCGCUGAAGAAGAUUGAGUACCACAAUGACUCCUCCGAGCCUCCUUUCAUCGUCUCAUGGGACUUCGUUCUCCGAAAAAUGGGCGCCGGGGAGCUUGGUAUGCCUAUUCAAGGUUCUGCCCCAUCUACACCUGCUACUCCAUCAUACGAGGGUGGCAACCCGUUCAAGCGAGUCAGCUCCAUCAGCGACAUGUCCUACCUGGUAAACAAGACCGACCAUGAGCCAAACCGAAAAGGUGUCAUUGUUCCAGUUCAGUAUCUGGACGAAGCCGAAGAAUAUCUCAUGCGAGCUCUUGAGGUGCUCCCUACUGCUGGUUCCAAGAAACGCAAUGUUUUGAAUGGUUUGAUGCCAGAUUUGGGUGGCAAGAGGAAGACACCAGCACCCCCUCUGACAAACGAAGAUGAACUCACAGCAGUUUGCAACGUUGCAGUCCGGGAUGCUGAGAGUCUGGGUGACAACGAAACUGUUAACAGAAUCAAACUCAUUGUGAAGGACUACAAGGAAGAGCUUCUUGCCCGUCGCGUUCGCCGAUUGACGUUCAUCUGUGGUCGCAAGGAUGGAUCUUAUCCAGGUUACUACACCUUCCGAGGACCCGAAUACGAAGAAGACCAGAGUAUCCGUCACAGCGAACCAGCUUUGUCCUUCCAACUUGAACUUGGAAGACUCUCUAAGUUCAAUAUCAAACCUGUCUUCACCGAAAACCGGAACAUCUCCAUCUACGAGGCAGUUGGCAAGGGCGUCGAGGGUGACAAGCGCUACUUCACACGUGCUGUCGUUCGCCCUGGAAGACUGCGAGAUGAGAUCCCAACCGCGGAGUACCUGAUUUCGGAAUCCGACAGGUUAAUGAACGAUAUUCUGGAUGCUCUUGAAAUUAUUGGCAACAACAACUCUGAUCUCAACCACAUCUUCAUCAACUUCUCACCAGUCUUCCCUCUUCAGCCACCUGAGGUUGAGCAUGCCCUUGGUGGUUUCUUGGAACGUUUCGGCCGCCGUCUCUGGCGUCUCCGUGUCACUGGUGCUGAAAUUCGCAUCAUUUGCACGGAGCCCACAACUGGCAUGCCAUACCCUCUUCGUGUUGUCAUUACGAACACUUCAGGAUAUGUCAUUCAAGUUGAGAUGUAUGCUGAGCGCAAGUCUGAGAAGGGCGGUGACUGGGUCUUCCAGAGCAUUGGAGGCACAAACAAGAUUGGCUCCAUGCACUUGCGACCAGUAUCGACACCAUACCCCACCAAAGAGUGGUUGCAGCCAAAGCGGUACAAGGCCCAUCUUAUGGGCACGCAAUACGUCUACGAUUUCCCAGAGCUAUUCAGGCAGGCCAUUCAAAACAGCUGGGUCAAGGCUGUUAAGAAGCAUUCCUCCCUGGGUGACAAGCAACCGCCAACUGGCGAGUGUAUUGACUACAGUGAACUGGUCUUGGAUGAUCAAGACAACCUUGCUGAAGUCGUCCGUGAGCCAGGAACCAACACUCACGGUAUGGUUGGCUGGAUCGUCACUGCACGAACCCCCGAGUAUCCCCGUGGCCGAAAGUUCGUGAUCAUCGCCAACGACAUCACUUUCCAAAUUGGUAGCUUCGGACCCAAGGAAGAUCAGUUCUUCCACAAGUGCACGGAGCUUGCGAGAAAGCUUGGUAUCCCUCGCAUCUACCUUUCUGCCAACUCUGGUGCCCGUAUUGGCAUGGCUGAGGAGCUCAUCCCUCACUUCAAUGUCGCAUGGAAUGAUCCCGCAAAGCCAGAGGCUGGUUUCAAGUAUCUCUACUUGAACAAAGAUGCCAAGAAGCGAUUCGAGGAUGGUAAGACCAAGGAUGUCAUCACCGAAGAAAUUGUCGAGGAUGGGGAGACAAGACACCGAAUCACAACCAUUGUUGGUGCUGAAGACGGUCUUGGUGUUGAGUGUUUGAAGGGCUCCGGUUUAAUUGCCGGUGCAACAAGCAGAGCUUACGAGGACAUCUUUACCAUCACUUUGGUCACUUGUCGAUCGGUCGGUAUUGGUGCCUACCUGGUCCGCCUUGGCCAGCGUGCUAUCCAGAUCGAGGGCCAACCAAUUAUCUUGACUGGUGCUCCCGCUCUCAACAAGCUUCUCGGUCGUGAAGUCUACACCUCCAACUUACAACUUGGUGGUACUCAAAUCAUGUACAAGAACGGUGUCUCUCAUAUGACCGCCAAUGAUGAUUUCGAGGGUGUUUCCAAGAUCGUCGAGUGGAUGGCCUACGUCCCGGACAAGAGAAAUAGUCCACUUCCAAUCGGACCCGCUGUGGACUCUUGGGAUCGAGACAUUGUCUAUACUCCACCUGCGAAGCAGCCAUACGACGUGAGAUGGUUGAUUGGCGGCAAGGAGGACGAGGAAGGAUUCAUGCCUGGACUUUUCGAUAAGGAUUCUUUCGUCGAGACACUUGGAGGAUGGGCCAAGACCGUUGUUGUGGGUCGCGCUCGCCUCGGUGGCAUCCCCAUGGGUGUUAUCGCUGUUGAAACUCGAUCUGUGGAGAAUAUCAUGCCAGCUGAUCCGGCUAAUCCAGAUUCGAUGGAACAGAUCACCAAUGAAGCUGGCGGAGUCUGGUACCCGAACUCCGCUUUCAAGACUGCACAGGCCAUCCGGGACUUCAACAACGGCGAGCAGUUGCCAUUGAUGAUCUUGGCGAACUGGAGAGGUUUCUCAGGUGGCCAGCGCGAUAUGUACAAUGAGGUGCUCAAGUAUGGAUCUUACAUCGUCGAUGCGCUUGUCAAGUAUGAGCAACCGAUCUUUGUCUACAUCCCGCCAUUUGGAGAGCUGCGUGGUGGUUCAUGGGUUGUUGUCGAUCCAACGAUCAACCCGCAAUACAUGGAGAUGUAUGCUGACGAAGACUCACGUGGCGGUAUUCUGGAACCGGAAGGUAUUGUCAACAUCAGGUACCGCCGGGAUAAGCAGCUGGAGACUAUGGCUCGCUUGGAUCCAGAAUACGGUGCUCUUCGCAAGCAGCUGGCAGACAAGUCCUUGAGCCCAGAGCAGCUGAGUGAGGUCAAGGUGAAAGCAACUGCUCGCGAGCAAUUACUCUUACCAGUUUACAUGCAAGUCUCGCUACAAUUUGCGGAUCUCCAUGACCGAGCCGGCCGAAUGAAAGCCAAGGAUGUCAUCAGACAAUCACUACAAUGGAGAGAGGCACGACGAUUCUUCUACUGGCGUGUUCGCCGCCGUGUCAACGAGGAAUACAUCUUGAGACGCAUGUCAUCAACGUCCAAGAACCCUCUUUCGUCGCGAGCCCGCAACAUUGAGACUCUUGCGGCUUGGACCGGCAUCCCGGACUUCAGUCACGCAGAUCAUGAUGUUGCUAUGUGGUAUGAGGAGAACAGAAAGACUGUACAUGAAAAGGUUGAGGCAUUGAAGACUGAAGGAGUUGCGUUCGAUGUUGCUAGUCUGUUGAGAGGAAACCACAAGGGAGGACUGAAGGGUGUGCAGCAGGUUCUCAGCAUGUUGCCCGCUGCGGAGAGGGAAGAGGCCCUCAAGUUCUUGCGCCAAACAUAGACUUGUCUUUUUCUUACCUGUUCUAAAGCGUGUACAUUGGAUUCACUUGUAAAUUGAGGGGUACAUCGUCGUUUCUAAGAAGUACUGUAAACUCAUGAGAACUAAUCAGCCUUGUGCUGAUGGCGUGAUUCAUCUUCGGAAAAAAUGUGGCAUGAUGAUUUGGGCGGGUCAAUCGGCGGAGCCGGACAAGUGCCCUUAUGCUCGAACUACGUCGAGUCUCUGACAAGCUGUCCACGUUGCAUUCACUUACAGAUUGCGGGUUCCUAGGCGAGCAGAGCAAUACAUUUGUUGAUCUUUGAUCUGUCCUGUAGAUGGCGUGUCUGGUUGACAUAAAUAUAUGAAACAUGUUAACGUCUUAACGUGAGG